AUCAGCUCCCAAACACAGAAGCAAUGGAAGCUCCUAGAGGCAAUCUCAGAGCGGUGGCUCUUAUCGCCGGCGAUAACAACGUUCGAGGAUGUCUUCAAUUCCUACAAGACAUUUCCGGGACUACUCAUGUUACUGGGAAGAUCUCAGGACUCUCUCCUGGCUUCCAUGGAUUUCAUAUUCACUCUUUUGGUGAUACUACGAAUGGCUGCAACUCUACUGGACCUCACUUCAAUCCACUAAAUCGAGUUCACGGACCCCCAAAUGAGGACGAGCGUCAUGCAGGCGAUUUGGGUAACAUUCUUGCGGGACCAGACGGUGUUGCUGAAAUCUCAAUCAAAGAUAAACAGAUACCGCUUAGUGGGCAGUAUUCUAUCCUUGGGAGGGCGGUUGUUGUGCAUGCUGACCGUGAUGACCUUGGGAAAGGAGGGCACAAACUUAGCAAAUCAACUGGAAAUGCAGGCUCGAGGGUUGGAUGCGGUAUCAUCGGACUUCAAUCAUCUGCUGAUGCUAAACUAUAGCUGUUGAGAUCAAUGGACCAUCCAGACCCAGAGCCACACUCUUUUCAUAUGUAGAUGUCCACUAGAGACCAUAGUAUGAAGUGAAAUUGUAUAUUGACAUACUGUUACUGUUUAAGACUUGAGUCAUAAUAUAAAACAGUACUUUGAGCU